UUGAGCAUUAGGGUUCGUUGGAGCGUUUGCUGACAGACUGCUUACGUCUGCACAGAGCGAACGCGGACAAAAAUUGUAAAUACGUGCGUCGAAUCAGCUGUCAGAAAGGUGGAGGCAAGGGCAGGCAUAAAAAUGUAAACGUAACAGCAGCAUAACAACUGUCGGUGAAAUUUAUGUUUAGUAUGGCGAGGGAAGACAAUGUCUCCCUUCACAAAAACAGCAGCACGAUACAACGUCAUUUCAGGAGAGCGUGGCGCGCAUCAGAACGGAAUCAGUAGCUCGGCAUCUGCUUCUCCGGUGACCGACGAGCUCUAAAGCAAGAAUAUUAAUAUUAAUAUCAGCGCGAAGCAACGUGUCUGUUUAACUGCAGGCGCUGCAUUUAUUACCGUGAAGUCGUCUCCCGGUUAGCGUGAACUAACAGACUGUAUUUGUGAAUGGUAUGGGCCUGCUUUGAACGGAUAUUUUUUCCCCUUCCCUAACGUCGCAGUGAACUGCACCAUGGAUUGCAAAGCGCUUUCUCGUCGUGCUCCGCGCGGAGGGUGAAUGGGGAUGAGGAUGUUGUUUACAAAAAGCAGCCAGCCGUCAGCGAACUGAUGCUCGGUCUCCUCGCAUAGAAUUUUACAUCUAAUAUUUUAUGACACGGUUGGAAAUUACUGUCAACUCCGUCUUUCCUCUAUGAAGAGGGCAAUGUCAUCGUCAGCAGACCGGCGUGGAUUUGUUGUUGUCUGAUUUUACUACUUGUCCUCUGCAAUUCGACUUCACAUCGUUUAUGUAACUGGGACGAGGGAAAGCUUUGAAAUCCCUCCCCCUGCUCCUAAUUGGUCUUCUAUACCAUGAGCUUUGGCUCCGCCCAGGAUGUGGCGGUGGAGAAUUUCCUGCGUGACAUAGAGAGGCGGGGCCAGUGGCUGCACUGUGCUGUUAUUGGCUGUAAGGAGGAGCAUCCCCGUGGCGACAUGAACCUUUUGUACCGCAAAAGUCGACUGGACUGGAGGCACAGAGAUCAGGAGGGCAAGAAAAGCUCGAAUUAUAAAGAUGCCUCUUCCGCGACCGUUGGGAAGGUUCGGGAUCUGGCAUCAUUUCGGCGCCAUUUCCGAAUGGGAUUCAUGACGAUGCCAGCAUCCCAGGACCUUUCGCCUCACUCUUGUGCGGCUGCCAUGGCCCCGCGCUCUCAAUCCUGCCAUGCUGUGGGCACCGGUGAAGGAGAGGAGAUGGAGAAUGGAUAUUAUCCAGACUCAGACCCCCAAAACCAGUCAAAUCCCUCCCGUUGUCCUCCAACCAAGCCUAAACGCAAUCCCAAUACUCGUCUCAGCACCACACCCCAGGAGCAUCUUUCCCGGGGGGUUCACGCACCACCUGACACUCCGCCACCUCCGCCUCCCAAUCACCCAUCUAAACACUCAGAGAAGCGGAAUGCAAUGAAGAAGUCUGAUUCAGGUGAAAUGGCAGGACGGAAGGUACCUCCCUUGAAGCCCAAACGGAGUCCAAGCACACAGCUCUCCUUUGACCCCCCACCACCUCGAGUCCCACCACCGACCACACCUCUUCCCUUCCAGAGCUCUGAACCCUCUCCACGGGGUGAAGGGGGAGAUGAUGAGCCAGUUUACAUUGAAAUGGUUGGCCAGGUCUUUACCCGAGAGACUCACAGUGCCCCUACUCCUCAUCCGCUAACGCCCUCCGCCACCACGCCUGAUUCUGACUCAGACCAAGGAGAGGCCAUAUACGAAGAGAUGAAGUACCCCUUACCGGACGAUGCAGCUCGAGAAGCCCAUCGCCGCUUUCCACUCAAACAUGAGCGUAUCAAGUCCUCUAAAGCGUACCACUCCUCCAUUAUCUCAUCCUCCUCAUCCCCUGCCUCUUCUUCACUCCCACGCCCCUCGUCCUCCUCUCCAGCCUGUACCUCAUCCAAGCCUAAAGCAGCUGUCUCCAUCUCUCACUCCUCUCCUCUGCCUUCAUCCUGCUCUUCUGCAUCCUCCACUCCCGUACCCCAAGUCCUCUCCUCCUCACCACACCCUCCCCGUGCUCCUACACCCUUCCUGCUGCCAGGGUCCAAGUCUGAACAUGAGCCUAGCUCCAGUAAGAUCCCAGCACCUUUCCCCAACUUGCUCCAGCACAAACCUCCGCUCCUGGCAUUUCCCCAGCCGGCUGCUGCCUCCAGUGGGGUGGGGGCUCAACACAAGAGCAGCUCGGCCAAAAUCAGUGUGCAGUCAGCUUCCAGUCUGCCAACAUCUACUAGCACCUCCUCCAGCAUGAGCUCCACCAGCACUUCCAAAGAGUCCUCUGGCAUUGAGAAGGAACGAGAGAAGGAGAGGAGGGAAGGACAGCUGGGGCCGGCGCCAGGACUCAGAGCCCGCAGUCAUUCCACUCCUCUUCCUCCAUCUUCAAAGUCCUCCUCUCCAUAUUCCCACCACCAUCAUCACCAUCACCCUCACCACAGGCCUUCCCACUAUCACCAUUACCGCAAGCCUGAGAAAGAGAUGUCGUCAUCAAGCAAGGGCUCCGGACAGUCCUCUACCCAGAUGCAAACACAGCCCAAAGAGGGAAAGUCUGUCAGCUUCAUGCUCAAGUCUGAGAAAUCUGAGAGAGAAAGGGACAGAGAGAGGGAUCGUGAUCGUGACCGUGACCGUGACCGUGACCGUGACCGUGACCGAGAGAGAGACCUGAGCACACCAUCUUCCAAUCAUUCUGAUACCCCUUCUUCAAGCACAUACACACACACUUCUCAAACUGGCACGAGCACCACUCCUACCCCAAGUCAACCAUCAUCGUCCAAAGCAGCUACGCCACCUUCCACCUCUUCUUCAUCCGCUCAGCGCCCUCCAUCUCGCUCUCACAUGCAUCGGUCGCACACCCCGCACUUUUCUCAUGGCCUUCCUGCUUACAAACCUCCCCCCUCCGACAGCCCCCUUCUCUGGACCUAUCCCUCGGUUGGCUUCCGCCGCCCACCCGCCUACGAUAGCCUACGCGGGGGCUCACAGUUGCCAUCCUUGCACACGGACCCCAUUAAAACUGGAUCUGCAGCCCAUGUGUUGCAGGCCAAGGCCGGGUUCAUUCCCUGGGAGAGCGCAGCUGCCUUAGGGCUCACCGAAGAACAGGCUUACUGGCCCAUGCACCGAAAAUUAUCAUUCAGUCAUGGGAGCCGAGACACUGAGAAGGAGGACGGAGGUGCAUGGAAUGGCAGUGCAGAUGCUCUACUGAGGAGAGAGAGGGAUGACCUAGGAGCCAUGCGGAGUAGUGGACACUCUGGAAUACCUGUGCGGUCAACAGGGAGACACAGCGAGAGCUUGGCUGGGGCAGAUGGACCACCAGGGUUGAGAGGACUGAUACGAGCGGGACUACCCUUACCCUGCCAAACCUUCCCAGCAUGCCGCAAUGGAGAGUUGGGUCGCCUUGGCAGGUCUUCCUCCACAUCAGGAGUGAGACAAGUGGGUGGAGACGUUCAAAGGCAGAGCAGCCUGCCGGCCAGAGAAGCACUCCACCAGUUUCAUGCUCUCUCGCAGAUUCAGGCACAGACUCAGGCUCCCUGCAGUCCGUCUCUGAGCCGGCAGCAGCAGUACCAGCACCAGCAGCAGGUCCAGCUCCAGUUCCAGCAGCUGGCUCAGCUCGCCGCACAGGCCCAGGCUACCCUCAGCACGGGCACAGCCGGCACCUCCACAGCCCAGGCGCAGCGGGACGGCAAGCUCCUGGAGGUGAUCGAGAGAAAGCGCUGCCUGUGUAAGGAGAUUAAAGCUCAUCGCCGGCCAGAUAAGAGCUUAUGUAAGCAGGACAGUAUGCCUAUUUUACCCAGCUGGAGGAAAACGCCAGAGCCCCGCAAGACUGGAACGCCACCCUGCCAGAGGCCACAGGCUGUGGUGUGGGACUCGGCCAUCUGACCCAGGCAGAGAGAGCAAACAGAGGGUGGGGAGUAAGAAAGACAUGACUGAGAGAGACAUACAGAGUACAGAUCUUUUCUUCUUUUUUUUCUCUUUUGCGUGUGAAAAGACAAAAUAGGAAAUUUUGGGGGUAAUGGAGAAGUGGCCUUUGAGUGAAGAGAUUCAAAUAAGACUGAAAAGACAAAGCGGGAGCAUUUUUUUUGCAAAGAGAAUAGCAUGAUUUAGAAUAAAUCUCUCUAUAGAAGCAGGAGAAAUGUGUUCCACAUGGUGUUUAUGUGCCAAUAUAGUUGCAGCAGAUAAAACACAUACGUACACACACACAAACUGGAGAGACACCUGUGUCUGAACUCUGUCUGACCUGCUGCAAAUACAACCUGUGCUGCUGAGUUUACAACCUUUUUGAAACACACUGGAAACUUUUGGAGCACUGUAACUUUUGUACUCUGAAUAUAAACCAUUAGUAAGGAGAAUAGACGUGCUUUUUCCUCCAAGGAAUGAAGAAAUUAUCAAAGCUUGAUAUGUAAAGAAUGAAGAGGUGCUGAAAGAUCACAGCGGAGCUUUUCUUCAUAUCAUAAACUGUCUGUGACUUUGGGCUUUUGUGUUUUUACUGACCAGAUUUACACAGUUAUGCUGCUGUUUCCUGGGCACCCACUGGACUGAUGUUUUUUUUACAUUCCAGAAGAGUGUCAAAAUGUGUGUGUGAGUGUGUGUGUGUGUGUGUGUGUGUGUGUGUG